CUAACUUCCCUCCCACCCGUCCACUACUCCACAAUGCCUCUCCCUUCGUAAAAUAACUAACCCAAGUACCCAUCUCUCAAAUGUGAAAUGGAGAAACCAGUUGCAUAAUCAGAUAAACGGCCAACAAAAAAAAUAACCAAUCCCUGCAAUUUGAAUUUCGGCGGGUGAAUUUUCAAUCAGGUUACAUCACUUAUAUUGGAGAGUUUGAAUGCGUUUUUCCCCUAAAAACACAGUGCAUUUUUGGGAGGCCGAAGAUUGUAUAGGUCAGUUAUGAGUCUGCCAACACUGGCAUUUAGAGGCCGAGUUAUAUAUAGUAGAACUUUGGGCCAGGUUGAAAGAUCAGCAGAAGAGAUUCUCCAUCUCAUUGAAGAGAAGAGAAGGAAAGAAGAGAAGGUUGCUCUUGGAUUCGACAUCGAAUGGAGACCAAGUUUCAUAAAAGGUGUUUCACCAGGGAAGGCUGCUGUUAUGCAGAUCUGCGGUGACUCGGACAAUUGUUAUGUUUUCCACAUCAUUCAUUCUGGAAUCUCUCAGAACCUACAAUUGCUUCUUGAGAAUUCUGCAAUACCAAAGGUUGGAGUAGGGAUUGCAGGUGAUGCUAAGAAGGCUUCCAUAGAUCAUAAUGUAUGUGUUAGUAAUUUGGAAGAUCUGUCUGCAUUGGCAAAGCAAAAGUUUAAGCAAGGUCCUCUAAAAUGGAGUUUAGCAUCCCUAGCUGAAAAACUUCUUCAUGCAAAGCUACCUAAGGGGAACAGUGUGAGAUUGGGAAAUUGGGAGACUAAAUAUUUAUCCAAGAAACAACUUGAUUAUGCUGCCACAGAUGCAUAUAUUUCAUGGAUCCUAUAUCAAGAACUGGUGAUGCUCCCUGACGUUGUUGAUAAAGAGGGAAUUGGGGACGAGAACAGUGUGGUGAGGGGUCCCCCCCAGUAAUAUCCUUGGAAAUCUAACGGGUUCCACAUAAGAUUUGUGAAGUGACGGUUAUACCCCCGCCCCCCAUUUUUUUCUGUCGUGAUCUGUGAAUUAAUUAAUCUCACUUAUUUACUGCUUAGCUGUUUGGUGCCCUGUAAUUAUUUGUACUUCUCGUAUAAGACAGAGGACUCUGAUUUUCUAAGCUGUAGAAAAAAAAAAUGUUCUUUUUUUUUUUUUGCUAACACAGGAGGAUUGGUAGUUAAUACAUCGUGCACGAGAUUUAGGGAGGGGUAGGUACAUUUCAUUUGAAAAGUAUUUUCAUAAAAACUUUCUUUCCUC